UUAAUUUCAUUUUGAGAGUUAAAAAGCUUCGUAUAUCAAAAGUAAAAAUGAAUACGAAAAAUUCCUUUAUGACAGAUGAAAUUCCAAUUAUUAAUUCAGUCAACAGAUCAAAAUCGUCAGAUUCUGGAUCGUUCAUCAGUUCAGAUAGUAUUAAAAAGGUUCGCAAGAUGCACAAAUCAUCCAAAACAAAUACAAAAGGAUUUGAAAAUAAUUCGACAGAGUACAGGAUGAAUGCGCAACAACGAGCACAUGCAUACUUAAGUGAGCGGAAGAUCUUCGAGCUUUUCAAUUUCCUGAUUGGUCACCUCUUGGUCGACGAGCCAAUCGAUCCAAUCGAAUACUUGUUUGAUCUUCUUGAUAAGUGCAUUCUCUUCAGAUCAGGUCUCGCCGAACCACCUCUUAUCUUCACUCCGAGACACAUUGAAAGCAUGUUUCAAAGUCUGGACCCCAGUGGUGUAGGAAAUAUUACAUUAAACCAAUACAGGGUUGGGAUGACCACACUCGGUGUUGGUUGCCACAGUCCUAAUCCUCCACAAUGUAAGGAAGGCUUCGUUGACAAAUUGACUUUUGAAAAAGAGGCGAAGAAGUGUCUUGUCAGUUUGCUGACAGAAAUGGUGGGUAAACCACAUUAAAAGAACAUCAAGAUAUCAUAAAAUAAAUACGGAAGAAGAAAAAAAAGGAAAUACGUCCUAAUGUUAUAUAACAUAACAAAAUAUUGUCUAAUAUUUUAUUAUUAAACGUUUUUUAUAUUUAACCUGUGAAAUUCUUUAAUGUAGGUAGUAUUUUUUACGAAAAAGAACACAUUCUCAUCCAAUUUCUAAAAUCUUAUUAAAUUUCCAAAACAUUAGGAACUAAUUUAUAAGAACUUUAUAAAUAUGUGAAACUGAACUCGAAAUUACGAUACAUUUUUUGCAAAAUUCCAUAACUGAAGGCCCCAUAGAAUGCAUACAGCGCAGUUAUCUUUCCGAAAGGUUAAAGCAGUGUAUAACCGCCGUCUUAUGUGACAUACAACAGCACGUGACUACACCUAUAGAAAUUUAGUUACAAAAUACGUUUAACCCGAUAUUACAGUUUAGUAUAAUCUU